ACCUCCGUACCAGGGGACCUGCGAUCCCUUCUGAAAGCUCUGCCAGGCUGCGUCGCGAAGGGAGCUGACAUUUCCGAAGCGAUUCUGAUACACACUGAAGUUCGGCGGAGGGAAGCAGGACGGGAGAGACGCCGUCAUCAGCGAGGGAGGCAGGCCCCGUCCGGGGAUCUUAGAAACCCUGCGGUCCAUCAUGAAGUUCCAGUAUAAGGAGGACCAUCCCUUUGAAUAUCGGAAAAAGGAAGGAGAAAAGAUCCGGAAGAAAUACCCGGACAGGGUCCCUGUGAUCGUGGAGAAGGCUCCUAAGGCCAGAGUGCCUGAUCUGGACAAGAGGAAGUACCUAGUGCCCUCUGACCUCACUGUUGGCCAGUUCUACUUCUUAAUCCGGAAGAGGAUCCACCUGAGACCUGAGGACGCCUUAUUCUUCUUUGUCAACAACACUAUCCCUCCCACUAGCGCUACCAUGGGCCAGCUGUAUGAGGACAACCAUGAGGAAGACUAUUUUCUGUAUGUGGCCUACAGUGAUGAGAGUGUCUAUGGGAAGUGAGUGGUGGACGCCCAGCAGAUGGGAGCACCUGGACUUGGGGGUAGAGGGAGGGGUGUGUGUGGGACUUGGGGAAAGAGAGGGAGGGCUCCCACUGUGGAGGAGACAGAGGUGAAGACAUCUGGAAACACUACACUGCACACACCGUCAUCAUAUUUUCACAUGCUCAAUUGAUAUUUUUUGCUGCUUCCUCAGCCCAGGGAGAAAGCAUGUCAGGACAGAGCUGUUGGAUUGGCUUUGCUAGAGGAAUGGGGAUGAUGGUAUUUCACAGCAUUGCUGCGAAUUAAUUUUUUGUGAUUUCAUAGAAGACUCAGGAGGUAGGCAAGUUGGGGCCGGAGAUGAUUGUGGACCAGCAGCAAUUUCCUGCUCCUUCUGUUUGGGCAGAGAUUUUGUUUUUGACAUUUGCACAAGACAGGUAGGGAAAGGGGAUGGGAAUGUUUUAGACUGUAGAUAGUGGACCAUUCCUGGGGACCAAAAGAGAUCCAUUGUAAUUAAAACAUUGUGAUGCCUGAUCUCCUAUCUCCAUACCUCCUCCAUCCCAAUCCUAAUCUCACACCCAGAUAUCACAGUACCACCCCAGUGGUGGCAGUAGACCUCAGACACAGAAAUUUAGAUGGAGCUCUCUUACUAUUGGAAAAUAAGGGUGAGGCGUGAAGGACAUGUUGAUUAUGAAGAUAGUUUCGAUAGCAUUAAACUGGAAUUACAAAGUAUUGAGCAUCUCUGUCUAACCUGCUCUCUCUCUGGUGCCCCUUAUCCCACACCUACCUUAGACUUUAAUGAGCCUCAGCCAUUUUCAAUUACAGGCUAAAACCACUCCUCCAGCAUUCCCCAAACUUCAUUCCGUGUGUAGGGACAGAGAUGUCUUAUGUGUAGAAGGGGCAAGUGUGAGGUAAGGUAGAUUGUCUACACCUUCCAUUCAUCCAGAAUUCUUGCUCCCUUGCUGCUGUCCCUUCAGCCUCACACGCACAGAAAUGCUAAAGGAUGGCCAGCGGCUUCCCUCCUUUAGUUUUCGUUUACUGCAGCUGCUAGUUAGGAGAGUUUGAGGGGAUGAUGUUUAGUAACUCAUGGGGAUUCUGUUGAUUCGGAUUAUUUUCACUUUAGGGGUUAUUCUGUGGGCGGGGGUGGGGAGCAGGAAUUGCACUCAGACGUGACAUUUCAGUUCAUCUCUGCUAAUGACAAGGGUUUUUCCUGUGGGGGAAUCUGUGUGUCAGUUCUGUCAGCUGCAGGUUCUUGUAUAAUGAAGUUUAUGCUGUCAGGCCAAGGAAAUAAAAUAAUUGCAUACCUUAAAAACCCA